ACCCUCGUCACGUGAUGUAGGCUAAAAAACGUCUUCAUGUCGGUGGACGAGAACGCUGUGCGUGGAAACAUCAGCAUGGAAAUGCUAAAGAUAGAGCAAGUUAUUGUUGGAGAUCAUAAGCCCCCCUCCUCUGCUGAGAGAAUCGAGCCUGUGGUCGUCCCCAUUAAGCCAUUUCACAACGAGAGUCUGCAGUGUUUUGAGUGCUUCAUCACCUUCAGUGAACCUAAAGCCAAAGAGAGGCAUAUCAAGAAGCAUCAUCGGGACCAGUACGCACAACAACUGCAGGAGACUAAUACACGGUUUACCUGUUUCAACUGUGCCAAGUAUUUCCACUGCCCUGACGAGCUUAUUCGGCACCAAGUAACACAUAACAGGGAGAAAACACCCUUCCCCUGCACUAGGUGCAAGCAAAAGUUCUGCACCUUUACUGAGCUAAGCCAACACAAACGACAUAAGUGCCCAAAACGACGAUUUCCUCGCAAGGACUGCAGUGCUUUGUUCCCUACUGGCUCUCGACUUACUAGACAUCGCAUAGCAGUCCAUCGCGACCAAGAAGCAUCUGAAGACAUCAACACCUUCCAGUGCAGCAAGUGUGAUGGUGGUUUUCAAACAGAAGAAGAUCUCCUGCAGCACCAGGAGAUGUUUGCUAGUGACCAGAACUGUGGUCUUAAAUCCCAGGGCGAAAAAGGUGUUCCUAAAGCCAAGUGUGCCGCUAAGGAGGAGAAAGCAAUAGGAAGCAGGAAAAAAUCCUCCUCUUUUGAGCUCAACAUUCCCUGUCCUAAACCAGAUUGUGAUUGCACGUUUCCCUCUGUUGAGGCUCUGCGAGCACACAAACAAGACAAACAUGGCGCCCCCUCUCAUAAAGCUCCCAGCUCAGAAUACUCCUGCCCCACUUGUGGAAAGUGCUUUGCAAGAGAACGUGCCCUAAAGUUGCACCAGGCUUUCCAUACUAAGGGUCAGAAGGUUCUCAACAAGAGAUAAUAUAUGAAAUAUUCUCUUGCAACAUUCAUUUGUAUGAUUGCUAGAUAUAAUUUCUUUUUUCCUGGAUAAUGUAACACUUAACUGUAUAUAAAUAUAAU